UAUCAUGCUUCAGAUUUUCCUUUGUCACCCCCAGAAUACAUUUCCACUUUGGCCCAGGCUGACUACAAAAGGAAGAGAAGAUGGUUGGAGACACCAGAAGCCCAGGGACAGCACCAAGUACCCAGGCCUUUCUCGGUUCUGCUGAAGCUCAAGCCCAGACUCCACUGACUGCUCAGCAUCAUGAGGGUCUCCAUGGCUGUCCUCGCUGCCCUCCUUUGCAUCAUGAGUCUCUGCUACCAGGUCUUCUCUGCACCAGUUGGUGCUGACACGCCGACAGCCUGCUGCUUCACCUAUGUGUCCAAGAAGAUUCCACGCCAGUUCAUAGCUGACUAUGAUGAGACUAGCAGUCAGUGCACCGAGCCAGGUGUCAUCUUCAAAACCAAGAGAGGCCGGCAAAUCUGUGCAAACCCAACCGAGGCCUGGGUCCAAGAAUACAUCAAUGAUCUAGAACUCAAUGCUUGA